UCUUUGUUCUUGUGAGAUACAUGAUGGCCGUUGCUUAGGAAAGACAUUCGACAUUCAAAGGCAUCUCACAUUCUGCUGCUCUACAAAAGGUCGUAAUUGCUUGUAAAACAGAUCUAUCGGCAUCUGAAAAAUGUACAAGAUUUAACAGGCUUUUGAAAAAAGCUGGGAAGUAUUGCUUGGUUGAGUCAAUUUGCUACGAGCCAUGACCAGGCUAAGGCUUCUUUUGUGGAUAACAGUUCUAAUUUCUCUUUCUGCAAUUCUAAUGCAUUUAUUUUACAUAAAGAACUUUAAUGUUAAAGAAGCUGCCAUACAUAUUGUACAGUCUCUCAAGAUUGAUUUCAAUAAAGACCCAAAAGCAUUUCAGGUUGACCCCCAUGGGAAUUUCAAUAGAAACCAAAAAGUGGAAGAUGUUGUGCCAGAAGUCGUAAAAGUUUCAAAAGAAUCUCCAAAAGAGGAACCCAGUUCUAGCAGUUCAAGUAAUUUAGCGGAAAAAACAGGUGCAGUAGAACAGAUACAAAAACCAACAAAACCUGAAGAAAAGACAACUGAGAUAGCCAAAGAAACAAAAGUUUCGACAAAUUCGAUUACCCAAUGUCCAAAAGAUGGCAAACAAUUGGUUGGUGCAAUGGCCAUUGAUCAGAGAAUUCCAGAAAUGGAAGACAUAAUUAAAGAAUAUGCUAUCAGUGAAUCUGGAUGGGUGGAAAAGGGUGGAAAAUGGAAGCCGAAGGACUGCAUAGCUAGGGCAAAGGUUGCACUCAUUAUUCCAUUUCGAAAGAGGGAACGACAGCUCAAGAUAUUCUUAAAGCAUAUGCACCCCGUACUGCAUCGUCAAAAUCUUCAUUAUCAAAUAUUUGUUGUUGAGCAAGCAGGCACUGAUCCAUUUAACAGAGCUGGCCUUUUCAACAUUGGUUUUACAGAAGCGUUGAAAGCAGAUGAUUUUGAUUGCUUUGUUUUCUCUGAUGUUGAUCUACUUCCAGAGGAUGAUAGAAACAGCUAUGGCUGUCCAUCAUCACCUCGACAUAUGUCGGUUGCGAUUGACAAAUUUAAUUACAGGCUGCCGUAUGAAAGCAUAUUUGGUGGUGUUGGUGCAUUUAAAAAGGCUGACUUUCAGAAAGUGAAUGGCUUUUCAAACUUCUUUUGGGGCUGGGGAGGAGAGGAUGAUGACUUGUUUGCAAGAAUUCGUGCCAAAGGCUUCCACCUGACUAGGCCACCCAUGACCAUUGGAAGGUACACGAUGGUCCGGAUUCAUCAUUUCCAAAGUCAUGGAGCCGACCCAAACAGAAUGAACUUGUUGCAAAACUCUGCCCAAAGAAUGGAGACGGACGGACUCAGUUCACUCAAGUAUCAUCUGAACAGAAAAUUGGAGUUGCCGCUGGUGACAGUUUUAAAUGUUCAACUGGCAAAGUCUAUGUACGAAAGGAGAUGAUCACCUAAUGCCUGUAAAGAACAAAUCGCACUGAAAUUGCACUCGAUUAAAAAUUUCGCACCAUUUUAAUGCAACUAAAGAGCAUUAGUUCUUAGAUUUU